GCCGCCGCCCGGCCGCUGUCCUCGUCCCAGAUUGGCGGCCUCGGGGGCGGGGGCGGGGCGCGACUCGCAGCUGGAGGAGGCGAACCCCCCGCCCCGGCGCCUGCAUACUCUGGGAGGCGGUGGGGACGCGUCCUCAGCGCGGAGAAGGGCGAGAGUGAGCAGGAGGCUUCGUGGCCCAUGGGAGCGGGCGGCGCGGCGUGAGCCGGCCGCCGAGAGUGUACAGAGGCAGAUAGGGGUGCUGUAGAGAGGCAGUGGGGGUGCCCAAUUGCUUGUGGUCGCUAUGGAGGUGUGCGAGAGCGGUGGGGAGCAGCCGCCGCUACUGCACUGGGACCGCAAGCUGAGCGAGCUGUGCGAGCCCGCCGACCCCGAUACCCUGCUGUGCCACACGCACUUCACAGAGUUCCUGGAUGAGUUUUCACCUGAUGUCCUAGGCCAGCUCUUGAAUGAUCCCUUCUUGUCAGAGAAGAAUGAAAUAAUGGAGGUGGAAUUGUCUCCAGCAUCCCCAGCACCUCUCAUCCAGGCAGAACACAGCUACUCUCUCUGUGGGGACUCUCGACCCCAGUCUCCCCUGACUCACAUCUCCACCGAGGACAACUUUAAUGAAGGUGACCUGGAAAAUGAGGAAUGGUGUCUGGGUACAGAGCUGACUCCAGCAGCAAUAAAGACUGAGCCAGCAUUGUGUGAGACAUCAGGCCUUGCCCCCUCAGUCAGUCUCACUGUCACAGCCACGUCGCUGGACGAGGAACAACCUGAGCUACAGCCAGAUGCCUUGAUGAAACCACUGAACCAGAAAGUUCUUCCAGAAAUCAAGUUGGAGCCCCAUGAAGUGGACCAGUUCCUGAAUCUGUCUUCUAAAGAAGCAGUGGAUCCCCUGCAUUUGCCUCCAACCCCUCCCAGCAGCCAUGGCAGUGACUCUGAAGGAGGGCAGAGCCCGGUUAGAUCACUCCCUCCUUCAAGCCCAAUCCAGCUACAAGCCACAGCUAAAGUGACAUCGCGCACAGCUUCAGCGCUCUCCAAUUCCCCUCUGCUGACUGCACCUCAUAAGUUGCAGGGGACUGGCCCACUCAUCCUUACAGAAGAGGAGAAGAGGACGCUGAUAGCAGAGGGAUACCCAAUCCCUACCAAACUGCCCUUGACAAAGGCAGAAGAGAAAGUGCUAAAGAAAAUCCGCAGGAAAAUCAAGAACAAGAUCUCUGCCCAGGAAAGUAGAAGAAAAAAGAAAGAAUACAUGGACAGUCUGGAAAAAAAAGUUGAGACUUGCUCAAAUGAAAAUAAUGAGCUACGUAAGAAGGUUGAAGUCCUGGAGAACACUAACAGAACACUUCUGCAGCAGUUGCAGAGACUCCAAGCCAUGGUUGCUGGGAGAGUGUCCCGUUCAUGUAAGGCAGCUAGCACACAGACAGGGACCUGUCUUAUGAUGGUGGUGCUAUGCUUUGCAGUAGUUUUUGGCAGCUUCUCUCAAACUUAUGGGCCAUAUCCUUCGGCUACAAAGAUGGUGUUGCCCAGGCAGCAUUCCUCACCAGAGUCCUACACAGACUCCAUUGUGAGGUCAAGGAGUCUGCUAAUUUAUGAAGAGCCUCACCAACUAGAGGAGUCGUCGAGCCCGAUCUCCUUUGCAGAUCGCAAUGACAGGCAAGCAGACACCUCCAAGUACACAGCACUGUCCUUGGAAGCCAUGCCUGGGACACAGCAGGAUGAUAUUGUGCAGUUCACUAUAGCCAAUGAGACAAUGCUAGAGAAAUCAGUGUUGCUGGGCCUGCAGCAGCACAGAGUCAACUCUGAACUAGAAGGAAACGAAACGCUGAAGAUAAUUGAAAUAGAUAGAAGAGUCAAUGCCACCUCAUAAAAAUAAAAACAAGGCUUUUUUCUUGACUUCCCUCUUUCCCACAUAACUUCCAACCAAAGUCCCCUUGGCUUGUCAUCCCCAGUGAACCAAAGUACAAAAGAGAGGGAGUACAACUGUUUCAUUGACUGGUGAGGCUGUGACUGCAGAUGGGAUCUCUCGUCUUUGUAACUCCCUUCCUCACUUCACACACAGUCGUUGUCUUUGCUUUUCUUCCUUUCCUGGCUAAUACUGCAAAGGCAGGAUUGAACUGUAAUGGCAGAUGAUGCCAGCAGUGUGCUGAUGACUGGUGGGUGUGUGUGUGCGUGCAGCCACACAUCCUAAUCUGAGCACAAAGACAUUCUGUAAAAGAGUGAAAUAUGCAAAACUGAAGGGAGCAUGUGGGUGACAGGCUUCUUGGGAGAAGGUAAUUGAAAGAAAGAGGAGAUGCAGUGUGGUACUGCCCAUAAUCUAGAUGCAGCUCUGUGCCUACUGUUCAACAGCACUCGAGCCUUUUGUGGGGAUUGAGAAGCAUGUAGCCCCCUUCUGAAGGCACAAGAAAGGAUCCUGAUACUGCUGAGUUAGCAGCACAGGCAUGGGAGGGGUGAGCAGUGAUGCUGCUGAAUUGUUCUCCCCUAGCUCUUUCUCUCCUCCCCUCCAGCCUUUUUAUGCUUCCACCCUCGUGGAAUUCAAGCAAGGAUCAGUCGCUGUCUUGUCACACUUUGUGUGGGAAAAUUACAGUAGUUUAACUAAAUCUGUUUAGAAAGCAGGUUUUGUUAAAUUUAUUCAAUGCUUUGGAUGGAUGUCUUGUAGUCUUCUUAGGGCUAAUUUGUUUAGCUGAAAUCAGUUCCUUCCCAACAAACUAAAUCAGUGUAAGGCUCAAACCAGAAGUGCCUCUUGAGAGGACCAUAUGGAUUUAAUUUAUUGGCUUCCAGAUGCAUUGAUAGAAUUUCUCAUGUCAUAUGACCUGAUAGAAUUUCUCAGGUCAUGAGACCUGGUCUCAGAUCAUCUUGUGUUUUCUUUUCCUUGACAUCUUCCUGUUACUGUUGUAAAUAGUAUUUAUUAGCUUUGCAAAAUUUUGUUCAGGCAGUCUCAAUGAAGAGAACUGAGCUUCCCUAACCUGCAGAUGGUCUGGGCAAACUCUGAAAUCAGACACAGAAAUACCGCUGAAUACCCACUUCCUACCCAGUUGCCCUAAAAUAAAGCUGUGUGUCGUAUCUUUGUCUUACCUCCUUUUCCAGAGAUGUGUUCUUAGAUCAACUGCUUAGCUGAGGUGAUAGGAAUAUAUGUAGCCCCAGCUAGGCACAGUUGAGGCCUGGAGGUGGUAGAUACUGCAUUAAAUGUAUGGCAAGACAGCCUCUGCCGUGAGGGACUGGUAGACAAGAGAUGAGGCAAAAGAGGGAUGAGUUUGGCACAUAGGCAACUGAAGUGACUGACCCAAGUUCGGUGGAAAAGCCAAGAUCAGGUCUGAGCCUGGUCCAGUAAUCUUCUCUGUGCUUUGUUUCCUCUCUGUCCUGUGUAGCUGUUGCCUUUAAGGCACUCCCUUUCUCAGUGCCCUGACCAUGCCUUUGCUGAGCUGUGCUUGCAAUUUGUCCUUGCAGUGGCGUAGUUGAAGCUACUCUAGGAUUUGAGCAAGGCUUCAUCUGGUUACUACAGAAGGGCAUUCAGACUCCAUUGAGUAUGGGUUUAAUGUGAAAAUCCUAAUUCAGCAGGUUAGUGUAGCUACUUUACCACAAGUAGAUUUUAAAAAAUCAUACAAAUUUUGGAAGCUUUUUUUUUUUCCUAAUGAGAAAUAAGGGAAAAAACUAACUUAGCCUUGCAAGUAGUUUGUUUACCAUGUACAGUAGGUAUUUCCUGCAAGUAUUCCAUUUUGUAAAAUAAUGGAUUUGUAUUUUAUUACAGGGGCUGCCAUACCAGCUCCUUUCUUGUUCUUCUUUCCCUUUAAACUUUCUUCCUUUGGCAUCCUAUUUACCACCUUCAGGCCUGACUCGAAACACAGUGAAAUGAAUGGAAAGAAUCUGAUGAAUUACAGGGGGCUGUGGAUCAGUCCCUCCUGUGCCAUUUUGAGAAUGUGUUUCACAUUAGUGGCAGUGAAACAUGUGCCUGACUCCAUGAGUUAGUAAUGAGUUUUGGUGUACAGAUGUGCUUUCUAGGUAAUGCCCCUUUCUUCUCCACAAGUGCCUUUUUGUUAUUUUGUCUUUGGUGGCAAUGAGAGGAGAGAUGCUGGGUAGUCUAUUUUGCAGGUGUUCCCUCCUCCUUAGCAUGGAUCAGCCUCUUUCCCUUCAACCGUGAUCUUGCUGAGUCCUCUGAAUCAUUCCAGUAUCCAGCAACUUCUGUAUGUUUUUAUUAUUGUUUUAAUUUUUCUUAAAAAAGAUUUAAUGCUUCACAUACUGAACACUGGUGAGUGCCACAAGGGAUGGCUGCAUUGCUUAGCCACAUGAGGUCAGCAAAGUGACAGGAGAAAGGUGGGAUUAACCUCUCUGCUACCAUAUGGCUGGUCACUGUAUUUGGAAAGGUCAUCUUUGUGAAGAUUCCUUACAUGGUCUUGUUCUUUAAAGCACUCAUGUUUUGCAGCUGAUGAGGGCAACUGAAUGGUUAAGCCUCCAGCAAAAAAGGCCCCAAGCCAUCCAGCACAGCGUUGCUGUUAUUAGUCUUGCUGUUUGCACUGUGCUUAAGUAGGAGGCAGCUCUGCCUGAGCUGGUGCCCAUUAAAGUGAUCCAUUUAGGUCAAUCACCUCCCAUUGCAGAUAGAGCUGACUUCACUGUAUUAAAAACAGAAUUGAAUUAUUUCUAGGUACUUAAGGGACAAAUGAGUUUGCAAACCUCAAACAACCUCCCCUUUCUCCAAAACCUAUUGCACUAGUCACCAUUGAAGCUUUGCUCUCUCGUGUACUUAAUUUGGGCAUGCUGGUUCAAAUCAGAUUGGAGAUAGUCAUGUUUUCAUCUGGAGCAUUUGAAGCUGGCCAUGGUCUGGGUCAGGCCUCUGAGCUCACUCACCCAAGCCAGGAUGGCUGUACCAAUUUUCUUGUAACUGGUAAUCUAUUUCUGUAAUCUUAAUUUGUGUAAUCCUUUAAAUUAUUUUUAAGUAUUCUUUAGGGAAAUCUUUUGACCUAGCAUGCAUUUUGCUUAGAAAUUUAUUAAAUAUUGCUUUUUUAUAGUAAUGAAAAGCUCUGCUUCACUUGGGUAUGUUUGUGACCAUUUUCCUUCAGGGGCCUUAAUAUAACAGGUUUCUCUGCUAGAUACUAGGGGCCAAAGAAUCUGACUCCCUCACAGGCUGUUAAGCAACAAGGACCUCACUAUCUCCAGAGGUAGUUUAUGCCAGUGUUACAAAUCUAGCAGGUGGAGAGAGGAGAUAAGACACAUACAACUGCAUUGCCAGCCUCAGCUGUCCAGUGGUGACCCAAGUGUGAGUGACUGCAUGAAGAGGCAGCUGUACGUGCUCUGUGUUAAGGGCACAGGGAAGGAGUAGUAAGUGAUAUCUGGGGAGGAUGCCAGUAUAAGUGCUUUUCAUUAACUCAGAUAUCUUGCUUGAGAUCUUAGCCUUCUGCCAAUAUACUUCUUCAGGUGAUCAGUGACUUGGUGCUGUGGAAUUGUGCUUGUGUGGACAGGGUAGGCAAAGGUAGGUGGGCUACUUAAUUUCCAUUUCCACUGGAGGACUUAAGUGAUCCUUAGAGUCUUCAGCUGUAACAUUAUGCUGCUUGUCAGCAUGAUUUUAUGCACACUAUUAAACUUACCUUAUGGCCUGUGGCUUUAAAGCAUGUCUAGAUCUGUCAAGUCUUUGCUUCUAGGGAGAUAAAUUAGAAAGGAAUGUAGGGCAUUAUUUAUAUAUAUAUAUAUAUAUUUAGAAAGUAUCAAGCACAGGGCAUGUGACAAUUCUAAUCUUGUUACCAGUGUGUACAUAAUGUUGGUUUGUGUUUUUAUUUCCCCCCCCAGGCUAUUUGUACUGCUUUGCUGCAUUUCUUUUACUUCAUCCAUGCCAUUCUGUGUUUUCAGUGGCACAGACUUGGAUAAGGCUGAGCUUCUUAGGCCAGAUCCCAGCUGAUACAAUGCAGCACACUUCUCACUUACUUUUGGAGGCUGCAGGUCUGUUUUAUACUGGCAGGGGACCUUUUCCAUAUCUCUCUGUGUAACAGUGUAUUUCAAUUUAUUAUUUUAAAAUUUUUACUGUAGAGCUAAAAAAUUAAAAUCUUUUUCAUGUUUUUUUGUUUGGGUUUUGUUGUUUCUAUUGUUGUUUAGUUGGGUUUGGGAAUUUGGUGUGGGGUGUUUUGGUUUUUUUUUUUAUUUUGGGGAUUUUUUGGUCCUGCUAAAGAAACCAACCCACCUCUCUACUCCCAUCCCUCCAAACUAGCAGUGGUGAAUUCUGUCUAGACACAUUUAGAAUGUAGGUCAAGUGUAUGAAUUGUACUAAUUGCUACAUUGGGAGGGAUUUCCACUGAGUAUUUGGGCUCUAGAUUCUAGCUAAUGCCAAGAGGCCAUUGUACAAAACCCACGCAGCUAGGAACGGAAGUAUAUGGAGUAUUUUUAUACUCUUGGUGACUAAAAUAUUUCUUUCUGAAGUCACUAAUUAGAAAGGGAACAUUUUGUAUUCUGAAGGUGAAAUGGUAGGUCAGUACUUUGUAACUACAAAAGUUAUGCUAGCCUAUAGAAGUAGUGUAGUGCUGUGAUGCUUUGCUGCUUUGCACUAUAGUGCUAAGGAUAAGCAGCUUUGAGGGUUGCAAUGAUGAAGAAGCUUCUUGGAUGUUAGUAUCUUUACAAAUAAGAAGUAAGGAUUCAGUCAGUGGACCAGCUUUCUCAUGGCAAAUAAAAUGACUGUGGGCACUUAGGGGCAUGUUGAGGUGUGAUUCCAGCUAGUACUGCCUUGUUUAUGUGAUCAGUUAUCCACCGAGGAUUCCAGGAUUGAGAGGAAAGCUGCCAUUUGUUUUUGUGGUUUCCAUGGCAGGCCUUUUUCUGCUUUAGCAAGGUAUAUAUGUGUGAAUUGACUUCUUGCGUAGAAAAGAGGACAUCUUUCAGGAAACUCCCUUUUGUGAUGCUGAAAUGGAGUUUGGAUGUUAUUACCAGCAGUCUCCUCUCUGCCCUAAAGCCUAUCUCCACACUCUCUCCCAGAGUUGGAAGUGAAUAGAUGAGAACAAAUCUUGGGAAAGCUGGAUUUGUAGUCCUGUCAUACAGAAAAGACAAGAGAAAUGGUGGGUGACAUCACAGGGAAAUCUGCUAGUUCUUGAUUCCAUAAAUCAGCACUGGUAGUCUUUUUCAUUAGUCCCCUCCUUGUUUUAGCUUUACUAUUCCACUCACUCUUCAGUACUGCGCAGUCCUGUCUAUGCAUAUCCGACCUUUAUAGUCUAUGCCAUUUUCCCUUCCAACCAGUGAGUAAAAAUCUUUUUGAACUUUGGCAGCCCAUAAUUAAGGGAGUGGAAGGGAGAGAGGGAGAAGCAGAGGCAGGUAAUCAAUUUCUUUUAGCAGAGUUCUGCUCAUAUCUGACUUAGCCAUAUCAGAUUGUAAUUCAAUGGUGCUGUAACAGCUUGCUGUCUUCAAUUGCACGGUUAGCAAGACCAAGUGUGAGCAUGUGUGUGCCUGCACACGUGUGCCUAGUGAGCAAUUUUAGAAUAGCCUGCAGAGUUGGGGUUUUUAAUGUAGUAAGCAUCACUAAAGAAAGUCAUCUACCUGAACACACAGAGCACAUUCCGCUUGGUGCAACAAAAAGUCCAGGUUUUUAUCUCAGAAACCUGUUCACAUUCCACAUCACUGAGCACUUGUAAAGCUGUUGGAUGAGUUGCUAUCUGAAGUCUGUCCUGUUAACAAUUUUCAGCUGAAAGUUGUUGCACUGUGUCAUUUUGUGUGUGUGCAUAAAUUUUCUGGCCUUUCUGUAGGACAGUUCUGACUUGGUACAAAAAAAAAAUUAUUGCUUUAGGCUUUGUUGUAUCUUUGGGUGUUGCUUUUGUUCUGCAGAAUUAUGGCUUUGAAUGCAUGCUUUUAUAUAUAUAUAUAUAUAUAUAUUUUUUUUUUUUUUUUUUGUAAUGCUGUAAGUUAGCCUUAAAAAAUGGUUCCAGGGAGCUGACAGCUCAAGGAACACAAUUUGUUGAGCUGCUCUUCUGAGAGAGGAUCUAAUAAUCUCCCUUCCCUGGGAUCUCUACUGCCCUAACUGCCCCACAGGUGCAGUAAGAUGCCAUGGAGGAGAAGCAGUUUGCUCUCCCUGAGAUUCCCUGGGUAAAUUACCUGCUGGUACCUUCAUGAAGGGUCAAAGCUAUUGCCUUGGGCCGUGCAAAACAAUACCUUGUGACUCUGAGUCAUUUUGUGUGUGACACGCCUAAGGCGUUUCAGCUGAUCUUUCCUUUUGUUCAUGUGGAUAUGCUAUGGGUUUGUGCGAACAUUUAAACCUAAGAUGAAAAGGACAAUGAUACAAGUGCAAAAGCACACCCCCCUAAACUCCUUGGUGAACUGCAUUGAGACCUUUUCUGAUUGCAGAUAUCUGUUCUCUUUGCCCUAAGUCUGCUGAAUUCUGUAUGCCUUGUUCAGUGGCCUCUCUAUUUUUGUCCAAGUGCUGUCAUCUGGAUAUGGUCCCACCUGAGUAUUCACACUGCAAACAUGUUCAUCGAGUGGAGAGAAAUUGCUGGGUUUGCAUCUAAAUUUUCUGCUUGAUUCUAUGAGAGAACAGACUACCUGCUUUUGUAGCCUAAACAUGUAUGUAGCUAAGUAUGUUAUGCUUUUCAUUUCUUGCAAAUAAAUAUUUUCUGUAGAAAAAAUAA